GGUGAAACUGAACAGCUGCCUGCCCUUCGUCGCCAUGCGUAGCCAGAAGCGGUGCAAGACGGAUCCAGGCAUUCGCGAGGCCUCACAGGACACUUCGCCGCGGCCGGGGGUGCGGCGCCUGAGGAGCGAGGCGAACUUUCUGGACGACCGCUUCGACACGCUGCGGGAGUUUUCGGAUCCUGAGCUGCUGGAAGAGUUGGAGCGGAGGAGGUGCCAAUUCCUGCAGAACCUGGACGGCAAGUGCCUCAGUAGCGAUGAGUUGGAGGAGGUGGACGGGGAGACGAUCACAGCGAUUCUGCCGGAGGAUGGUUGGCUCUUCGAGGCCUCGGAGGAGCCCUUCACGGUGCGGCGCUGGCGGCAUAGCCCGGACCAUGAGCUGGACCAGGUGCACCUUGCCGCCAGUAUGGCCAUCAACUGGGGCGUCGCCGUUGCCAACAGCAAGGGCCUCAAGGGCAGAGGAGACUCCACCCUCGGACAGGACAACUUUCUGGUGGCCAAGCUGUCGAUGGGAUGGAAGGCCGCCUGCGUCUUUGACGGCCAUGGGAACCAGGGCCAUUGGCCCUCUCAGCGCAUCGCACAGACCAUGGCCUACUUCCUCAACCAGGAGCCGUGCGCCACGCAGCUGAAGCUGGGCGAUGGCAGGAGCGCGCUGACCAGCGCCUUCCGUUCCGCGCAGGAAGAACUGGAGGCUGGCGCUAAGGCGCUGGGCAAAGACAUCCACCUCAGCGGGACGACGGCCACGGUGGCGCUGCUUCCCCCGCGCAUGGACUGCGUUUGGGUGGCCACUGUCGGGGACUCCCGGGCCAUCCUCUUUGACAAGCGGAGAGGUGUCCUGCAUCAGACGCAGGACCACAAGCCCACCAGGGAGGACGAGGCCUCCCGCAUCAAGAACGCGGGCGGCGAGAUCCUCGUCUCGGAGUACGAUGACGGGACCCAGGAUUGCCGCAUUGCGCCCAAAGACAUGUCCUCUCCGCAGAUCGCAAUCUCCCGCUCGAUGGGGGACAUGAUCUUCAAAGAUUCGGGCGUUUCUGCGACGCCAGAGAUUGUCCAGUGGCGCUUUCCCAAUGCCGCGGAUGCCUACCUCAUGAUUUGCAGCGACGGAGUCUGGGAAUUUCUGAGCUCCCAGGAGGUCGCCAACUUCGUGACCACGGCCUUGGGGGAGGAUUCCUCGGCACCCGAGGUGGUGGCUGAUGUGCUGAAGCUCUCCAAGAAGUGCUGGCGUCAGCAUGAGGCCCACUACUGCGACGACAUCACGGCGGUGCUGUGCGGGCUCGAGGGGACCUUGCCCUGCGUCCAGCCCAAGUCCAAGGACCACUGUCCUGGUUGCCGCCAGGGCGAUUGCCACCCAAUGUGAGUGUCGCCCGGAGGUUCCAUUUUGUUACCCGCAUCCCUGGGUUGGAUCCGUGGGACGUAGUUUCCCGGGCUAAACGGCGCAUUGGUAUCCCUCACCUGACCAAAAAGGCAAACAUUGCCUUGUUGUUUUUUGGCGACUUGGAAGGUGAGGAAGGAGUGUUGCGGGUCCGUUUGAAAAGGGCCUCUUUGCGCUGAAGGCCGCGGAAUCCUUUGUGC